UUCGGGAUAGAGUCGCUGCAUCUGCUGCUGGCUCGGCGGCGCUCGGGACUCCCGCUGUGCGAGGCACGCAGCGCGUAGCCACGGAGACGGAUGAGGUCACAAAUCCCCUCGCGCCGGGACGGAUGCGCGUCAUUCUGCGGCGGAGUGCAGGAGCGCCCGCGCGCAGCCGAGCGAGCGGCGGUCUCCUGUCCCUUGUGUCCGUCUGCCGUGUCCGCUUGCCCUGAGCAUGCCAUCAAGUCCACGGUCCCCCGGCAGCCCGGCUCAGACGUGCUCACCAUGUAUUUCAAUAGGCGUUCGAAGAAGAUCCACACGGAGGGAGAGCAGUUAGUGUUGACUCCCAUUAGCCAGGACUCCCGUGACGAGGACCCACCCAUAGGGGCCACCAUGUGCUCCCGGAUGACAGACAGGUUUGAUAAAAGACCCUCCUGCUCGUCGGCUGGCUACCACAAGGCAGAUGAUGAGAUGUCGGGCACCACGUCGCAAGCGGACCCGGUAGACGCGACGGCGAGAACGAUCCUGUUGAACCAGCCGCAAACGGUGAAGUUCUGCGACAACCAUGUGAGCACCACAAAAUACGGGAUCUUGACAUUCCUGCCACGUUUCCUCUAUGAGCAGAUUCGCCGUGCAGCCAACGCCUUCUUCCUGUUCAUCGCCCUAAUGCAGCAAAUCCCAGAUGUGUCUCCAACAGGCCGCUAUACCACACUGGUGCCCCUGAUCUUCAUCCUGACAGUGGCUGGCAUCAAAGAGAUCAUUGAGGACUAUAAGAGGCACAAAGCUGACAACACAGUUAACAAGAAGAAGACAACAGUACUGCGGAGUGGGUCCUGGCAGAAUGUCAUCUGGAAGCAGGUGGCAGUUGGAGACUUGGUGAGGGUCACCAAUGGGCAGCAUCUCCCAGCUGACAUGGUCAUAGUGUCCUCCAGUGAGCCCCAGGCCAUGUGCUAUACGGAGACCUCCAACCUGGACGGAGAGACCAACCUGAAGAUCCGACAGGGACUGUCUCUAACUGCCAGUGCUCAGUCCUUGGAUGAGCUGAUGGGAUUAUCAGGAAGGCUGGAGUGUGAAGGGCCAAACCGUCACCUCUAUGACUUUACAGGGACCCUAUUCUUGGACAACCACAAUCCAGUUCCCUUGGGGCCAGACCAGGUGUUGCUGCGUGGUGCUCAGCUCAGGAACACACAGUGGGUUGUGGGGAUCGUAGUUUAUACCGGACACGACUCCAAACUCAUGCAGAAUUCAACGAAGGCUCCCCUGAAACGAUCCAACGUAGAGCGUGUGACCAAUGUGCAGAUCCUGGUGCUGUUCUGCAUUCUCCUGGUGAUGGCACUGGUGAGCUCAGUGGGUGCUGCCAUCUGGAACAAGCAGCACACCGACGAGGCCUGCUGGUACUUGUCUCGCGCAGGUGACAUCUCCACUAACUUUAUGUACAACCUGCUGACUUUCAUCAUCCUCUACAACAACCUGAUCCCCAUCAGCCUGCUGGUGACUUUGGAGGUGGUCCGGUUCACGCAGGCACUUUUUAUUAACUGGGAUAUGGAGAUGUAUUACACAGAAAUGGACAUGCCUGCAAUGGCAAGGACUUCUAAUCUGAACGAGGAGCUGGGGCAGGUAAAGUACCUGUUCUCUGACAAGACAGGAACCCUCACAUGCAACAUCAUGCACUUCAAGAAGUGCAGCAUCGCCGGCCUCACAUACGGACACUUCCCGGAGCAAGACUGUGAGCGUUCCAUGGACGACUUCAGCCAUCUGCCGUCUAGCAACCAUAACUCUGCGGAGUUUGAUGACUCCACUCUCAUCCAGAACAUUGAACAGAACCACCCAACAUCACCGCAGAUAUGUGAGUUCCUUACCAUGAUGGCGGUCUGUCACACAGUCGUCCCGGAGCAUAAUGGAGAGCAGAUUAUCUACCAGGCCUCCUCCCCAGAUGAAGGUGCACUAGUGAAAGGUGCAAAGGGCCUGGGCUUCAUCUUCACAGCGAGGACCCCCCACUGUGUGAUCAUCGAGGCGAGGGGAAGAGAGCAGAGCUACGAGCUUCUCAACGUCCUCGAGUUCUCCAGUAACCGCAAGCGCAUGUCUGUGGUUGUCAGAACCCCCACCGGAAAGCUGCGUCUCUACUGCAAGGGUGCAGACAAUGUCAUCUUUGAGCGCUUGGCUGUGGACUCCAGGUACAAAGAGCUCACUGUGUCGCACCUGGAACAGUUUGCUACUGAAGGUCUGAGAACUCUGUGUUUUGCAUAUGUGGAUCUUGAGGAGGGAGAAUACCAGGAGUGGCUGAAGGCGUACACUCAGACCAGUACUGUGCUCAAGGACCGGGCACAGAAACUAGAAGAGUGCUAUGAGCAGCUGGAAAAGAACCUCCUGCUGCUGGGAGCCACAGCCAUCGAGGACCAGCUUCAGGCUGGAGUCCCAGAGACCAUAUCCACCCUUAUGAAAGCCGACAUUCGCAUCUGGGUGCUGACUGGGGAUAAGCAGGAGACGGCAGUCAACAUCGGCUACUCCUGCCGGCUAGUGUCCCACGGCAUGUCCCUCAUCAUCGUUAACGAGGAUUCGCUUGAUGCCACACGCGAAACCCUGCUGGGACACUGUGCUUCUCUGGGUGACUCACUGGGCCAGGAGAAUGAGUUGGCCCUCAUCAUCGACGGGCAGACGCUCAAGUAUGCCCUGUCCUUCGAGGUCCGCCAGUCCUUCCUCGACCUGGCGCUGUCCUGCAAAGCUGUGAUCUGCUGCAGGGUGUCUCCACUGCAGAAGUCUGAGAUAGUGGAUAUGGUGAAGACUCACGUGAACGCCAUCACCAUGGCGAUCGGGGACGGAGCCAAUGACGUGGGUAUGAUCCAGACAGCCCAUGUCGGCGUGGGCAUCAGCGGCAAUGAGGGAAUGCAGGCCACCAACUCAUCGGACUACUCCAUCGCACAGUUCUCAUACCUGGAGAAGCUCUUGCUGGUCCAUGGAGCCUGGAGUUACACUCGGGUUACCAAGUGCAUCCUGUACUGUUUCUACAAGAAUGUUGUCCUGUAUAUCAUCGAGCUCUGGUUUGCCUUUGUGAACGGCUUCUCUGGGCAGAUUCUGUUUGAGCGCUGGUGCAUCGGCCUCUACAACGUGAUCUUUACUGCGCUCCCUCCAUUCACUCUGGGCAUAUUUGACCGGCCAUGCAGCCAGCAGAACAUGCUGCGUUUCCCACAGCUGUACCGUAUCACCCAGAAUGCAGAUGGCUUCAACACCAAGGUGUUUUGGGGUCACUGCAUCAAUGCACUUAUCCACUCUGUCAUUCUCUUUUGGUUCCCACUGAAAGUCCUGGAACACGACUCUGUAUUCAGCACUGGACACAGCAUAGACUACCUGUUUGUGGGCAACAUCGUAUACACGUACGUCGUGGUGACGGUGUGUCUGAAGGCUGGGAUGGAGACCACAGCUUGGACCAGGUUCAGCCAUCUGGCCGUGUGGGGCAGCAUGAUCCUCUGGAUGCUCUUCUUCACUGUCUAUUCUGCAAUCUGGCCAUUGGUGCCCAUCGCACCUGACAUGCUGGGACAGGCUGGCAAGGUGAUGCAGUGCUGGAGCUUCUGGCUGGGGCUGAUCCUGGUUCCUGUGACAUGUCUGCUGAAGGACGUGGCCUGGAAUGCGGGGCGCCGUACACUGAGGAAGACUCUGAUGGAGGAAGUGCAGGAACUGGAAGCACGGGCAGUUGAUCCCAGGGCCGCCGUUCUGCGAGACUCCAGCGGUCGCAGCCUCAAUGAGCGUGCCCACCUACUGACUCGAGUCUUUAGGAAAACACCCUCCAACCUGGUGCGCUCAAACUCCGUGCAGCAGACUGUGUCACAUGGCUACGCUUUCUCCCAGGAGGAGCAUGGGGUGGUGUCCCAGUCCCAAGUGGUACGCUCCUACGACACCACUCGCCGCUCACAUGCCCACGUGUAGCCACCCCAGCAUGCUCCACCCCAGGCAGAGGGACUGCAGUGCAGCUGCUGGGGAGUUUGUCUUGAGUGGGACGGAGUGUGAUGGAGCAGCACUCACUGCAGAGGCCUUACUGGAAGUCUGAUGCUACACACGGACAACCUUGCUGGGUGUGGCGUGCUGGCUGGAGGGGGCCUGGUGUCCUAGGAGCCUGGUCCUCUCACAGAGGCCAGGGGUCAAACUUGGUUUUUCAAUUUUUAUUAAGGGCAGUCAGGCACAGCGCACUCCCAGUUUGCCACAUAUGAGUACAGUUUUCGUUUUAUGAGUCUGUGUGAGUGAGAGCAUGUUCGUGUGUGUGUGUCUCUGUGUGUGUCACUCCUCUGCGCACCCUUUCAUCUCGCGCUCCUGAGCCAGAGAUUUAACACAUCAUUCAUCGCCGCGGUGAUGGUGGGGGGUAGUGUUCGGGGCCCUUUUAAAUAAACAUGAAGCACACAGGCCUGGGAGGAAUUCCUUUCAGGGAGUGUGUGUGUGUCGGGCACGCUGCCAUGUUUCAGACCAGCACCCCCCCACCCUAGAGCACUCUACACCCCCAUUGCUGUCAGGCAGCCAGGAAACACAGGAAGUCUGCCUGAAAUGAGGCCAGCAGAGCCCAGCACAGCACCCCCCCCGACAGCACUCUCCCACCCAUCAAGACCCUCUGGCCACGCCCUCCUGCCCGUCAGGACCCCUCCUGGAUGCACCCGCCAACCUCCACAUUUCCCCUCCAUGUCUCGUUGUGGCACGUCUGUUUGUGUUUCACUGCUUUGCGAUCCUCCAUAGAGUCCCACCCAGUGUAUUGGACUGUGGCUGCAUGUGGCCCCUCCCCCCAUUGUGGGCCCCACCCCUCCAUGUGGGGCCCCGCCCCAUAGAACUCCUGCUCACUUCAUACUGCCUAAUAAAGUGGAAUUUCGUCUCCCGUUGUGACCUU